AUGGGAAUGGUGAGGGGACUGUCAAGCCUGACUGACGUCACCCAUCCAGCCUCUGUAAUCGAAAGAGACGCUAAUCCUGCUGCUCUCCAAAGCCUGGCAGUGGGGUGGGGUGGAACAGACAGGGAUAUUGAGAGAGACAUAAGGAAGGAAGUUGGAUACUGGAGACAAGGGAGCGUAUGCAAGCUUUGGGCUAGCAGACUCAGCACUGGCCUGGUCAAGACAGGUGCUGUCCUAACUGACAACGAAAACCAGGCGCACAUCCACCGCCUGCUCCCCCGCCUAACUCCUGGGACACCUAAGGGUUUGGGAGCUCCCAAUCCAGGCUUCGCCCUGGAGGCCAAAAGCCUCGCUGAGGGCUCUGCGGAGGGGGAAUGCUGCGGGAGCUGCUCAGCUGCACCUGCACCCCCUCUCGUGUCACCUGAACUCACUGUGGAGGAGCCGGGCUUCACCACUGUGGAGCUGUGCCAAGAUGGAGAAGAAUUCUGCCUGACUGCAAGUGAGGGAGAGAUGGAGGAGGUGAGUGGUCCAAACUGUGAAGACAUGGAUAGGAAAGACCAAAGACUGCCAUUCCAGAUCUUCCCUGACCCUGUUGAGGUUGUCCUGGGCCCAGAGACCACCCUAAACAGCCUGGACCACGACCACGAGAAGGAGCGUUUGCCCUCCAUUGUUGUGGAACCCACGGAGGUGAGCGAGGUGGAGAGCGGAGAGCUACGCUGGCCUCCAGAGAACAUGGACAUGGAGGAAGACGAGGAGGACCUGUUCUUGGAGCAGUGCAUCCCCCCAGCCAAUAUCGCAGACUGGGGGGAAGAGGAGGAGGAAGAGGAGACGUCGGUUAUACUGAACCAGCAGCAAGGCUUGACACUCAUUGACCUUCAGUCGGAUGCGUUUAGAGACGACACCCCCACGCUUCCACCGAGCAGUGCGCCGGCCCUCAACUGACUUAACCUCUGAGACCUCUGACGACCCUGUGGGGAGACAUCCUGACAUUCAGUAUGGCGACAACUAUGGGACAACAUAGCCAACCUGGAGUUUGACAAUGACAGCUGAGGCAAAGUCUGAACUGUAAGCCCAUGUUGAUGAAGUGGAGAAGUACAAGUCUGAAAAUAUGUUGUACAUGCUGAUAAACAGGCCAGUUCAUGCCCACUGUGACAUUUAUGACCACAUUUAUAUCAAUACGUAGAAGAAGAGCCAGAUAGACACAUGCCUGCACACAUGGCAAUCCGAAGAGGGGCACAAAUUGACCUUCUCAGACACUAAAAACUUGGUGACAGAUGCAGGUCAUGAAGACAUUUUCAAUUGAGCAACACUGUGGUGUUUUUUUUUCUUGCAGAAAAAAAUGCUGACAUUGUGACUUCAUUUCCCAUAUUUCCAAAUUUUUAAGGGCUCAGUGAUGUCACUGGGCUAAAAUAGAAUCCUGCCAUGGCAACAAAUCUUUAUCUUUGUCUCUGAUACACAAACAGAUAACAGCCUGUACCUCAUUCAACAUCUUUCUCAUAGAUCAUCAUUUUGACCCCACAAUACCUGGUUAUACCUUCAGUGUGAACAGUAUUAAUCAACGCGCUGUAAAAUGUGUUGGCUGUUCUCUGGACCGACUUGCUUUUUUAACAUUUUUUGCUCAGUCCUGAAUCUGAGGAACAUUGUAAGAUGUGCUUUUUUUCUAAACUGACGUCACUGACCACAUUCAGUGGCUUUGUGAUUUGUUUCAAAUCAAUGAGGCAGCCAGAACACAAUCAGAUGUCUCAUUGUGCGUUAUGCGAGUGACUAAUGCUGACUACUGUUGUGGGCUUUGAAUCAGAAUUUUCCAAAAGGUUUCAAAAAAUGACUGGUCAGAGGUUUUCUUUUCUCUUUUGUUGGACAUGACUGGACAUUCAAUUUGUUUGUCAUACAUAUUGAACCAAAUAAAGGAGGGCAGCUCUAGUUGCUUUUCAGUACAACAACAGUUAUAGGCACCAUUGAGAACUGUAGUGGGGUAAUAAUACUCUAAUUUGUGUGUAGGUUGAUGUGAAUAACUUGUACAUAUGGAAAAGUUCUUGUGUUACUGUAAAAUGAUUAUUAUGAAGUUCACAAUAAAGUAUUUUGUCCCAUUAAUACAAGAAAUAGUUAUUGGGUGCUCAAGGUUUAUAUUACUUUUUUUUAACAUUUAGGAAAUGCUACCCGUUUCUAUAUAAUACUUGUUCUUGAAUCUAAACUACAAAAAUUAUCUCAUGCACAAUGCAAAAAUUAUAUUGGUAACAGUCCUCAAACUCUGGCAGACUGCAUGAUUUUCAAUUUUGUCAGAUACAAAUCUUUACUGGAAAGGCUUUUCAUACCCUGUAGUAUAAAGCCCAGAAGUCAGAAGCAGGACACAGAAUGCAGGUGAGUCCAGGAAAGAGUUCAGUUUAUGAAAACAGGCUCAUAGUGUACAAGACUAUGUAUUUUCAAAAAUGGGAUGGCAGCAUUUUUCACGAAGGGAAGAUAAAACAGAGAGUGCAACUUAGAGUUCAGUUCAAAGAAAACAAGAAGAAAGUAAAAAGUCAAGAAUAUACUGCAGAUCUGAGGGAGGGUCUCUAGGCAAUAAAGCACAUUCAUUUCUCUUCAUAUUAUUGUAUGUCUAAGGCAGCAGCAAUAUAUUUAUGAGGGUUUACAAUGUGUUUUUUGUAACCAUUAUUUUACACUUACUAUCCUAUUAAAACAUGAAUAUGUCUCUAAUACUGGAUUAAGAAAU